UCGUCCAGUCCCUUCUUUUGCAGCUGCCCCAUUCCCCAGGUCGCUGUUGCAUUGUGAAGGAGUGAGCUUUGCCCGUGUGUGAGAGGGUGCAGCUCGGUCCCAGUCUGGACCCACAGCUUCAGCCUUUUAACAGCAGAGGAUCGAGAGCGAGCGAGUGAGUGAGUGAGUGCUUCCAAACUCGGAGAGAACAGCCUGCGGAGCAUCAGCUAAAUGCAAACUGAGGGUCAGUGAAAUAUGUGUUGCUCUCCAGCGUCUCCCUUGGAUUCCUGAAGGUCCAUGGCUGCAAUCCAAACCUUGUUCGCAUCCAGUGAUCACAGCAGCCAUUGCAGCAACUUGUACCCUUGUACCCCAGGCAACAGCAAGUGCAUCAUGGGAAGCGUCAGUAGUCUAAUGGCUGACAAACAGGACCUCCUAGGUGAUGGCCUGAAGAGCAACAGAAAUGGGGGUGCUUACAGUGUCAGGCAGCCUGAUGGACUGCUUAAAAAGGGGUUAAACCAGCGAGAGUUACUCAACUACCUGAACAGUACGAAAAAGGGAGCGAAAGCUGAGAAAAGGAUCGCAUCUGGGAGUUCUUCCAUGGAACGCUGUCAAAAGGAUGGCCAACAUGAGCUCUAUGGCAAAACAUCUUAUAAGGACGGAAAGGAGGUUGAUUUGUCGAAGAAUUCACUUCCAGUUGGAGGGAAAUUUGAAAAGUCUCGAUUCCGAUCUUCUGCCUUCAAGCCUGUGGUGCCCAAGAACUUUAGUUCGAUGCAGAAUCUGUAUCCACAGCACAGCAAGGAACUGUUGGACAGCACGGCCAGUCUCAACAUCUUCACCAAGAUGGGCCAUUCGUCUCUGAGGAAUGGACAGGAAAAGCAGGAAUACUUCAGGAGCGCCAGCCAGGAGGAAGACAUGUCUGACUCUGGGAGGAACUCCAUGACGAGUCUGCCUCCUUGUGGAGCAGGCCUGAAGCACCAUGUCGGACAGAUCAGUGCUUCCAUGGGCCAAAUCAACCACAUUGGGUCCAGCUACGUUGACGGGCCAUCCAAGGAGGCAGCAAACUCGGACAGUGGCCGUUUCUCCUGCAAGAGCAUGGCCGCCCUGAACCGGCCGAACCCCCCGGGCCACGUGUCGCCGUCGUGUGAGCUUUCGAGGUCAAUGGAAGACGUGGUCCGGGAACUGGAGGAGCGGCUCCACGAGAAGGAGGUGGAGCUGAAGCAUGUGAGGAGGAAUUUGGAUGAGAGCGAGGACGCCAUUGCCCAGGUGUUUGAGGAUAAACAAAGGCUGUGGGAGAGGGAGAUGGAUGAGCUGAAGCAUAUCUAUGCCACCAAGCUGCGCCAGGUGAGCCAACAAGCGCAGUGUACACAGCGAAAUCUGCAGUUACAGCUCUUCAAAGUGCAACAGGAGAAGAGGAAGCUGCAGGAGGAUUUUGACAACUUAUUGCAGGAAUGUGAGCAGCUCAAAGGCCGGUGUACGUCCUACAGAAAGGAACAGGAUGACUUAACCCCGAAGUUUGAGGAGAGCAAGUGGGAGGUCUGUCAAAAGGCUGGUGAGAUCGCCAUGUUGAAGCAGCAGCUCCGAGAUUCUCAAGCAGAGGUGGCAGAGAAAUUGAGUGAAUUGUUCAGCCUGAAGACGCUGCUCCGUGAGGUGCGAGUGGAGCUUUGUACCAAAGAUGAGCAGUUGCUACUGUUAAAGAACUCUCUGCAGGCACAGUCCGUCCAGUUCGCUCAGAGCACUAGUGCCCUGAAGCAGCAAGAGGAAGUCACUUUACUCCAAGAAGCCUCUCUGAGGAGUGAUGGAACAUCUGAAGAGAUGAAGACCUUCCUGAGUGGGGAGACGGACGAUCUGAAGGCAAGAGGCCUUCAGGCAGACAGUGCUCAAGCCCUGGCCCUCCAGGUCGAGAGGCUGAAAGGAGAGCUGCUGCUGGAGCGCAGGCAGUGUGAAGCACAGGCUGCUAGCUUUGAACUGGAACGGAACACCUGGCUGGAUGAGAAGGAGAAGGUAAUCCAGUAUCAGAAACAACUGCAGUCCAGCUACUUAGAGAUGUACCAAAGAAACCAAGUCUUGGAGCAAGAAGUUCAGGAGAUUGCAGCCAAAAUGGAACUAGCAGACUCUGACGCCAAGGAAACCCUUCCAUGGAUAGAAAGGAUUGAAUCCUCUGAAAUCUGACAGCGACUGAGUGAUGAAACUGUAUCACUCAGUGUCUACCUGUCCGAAAGUUCAUUUAAAAAGAUAAUCUCUGUAUAGUGCGCGGUUCCUCAACGAUAUUUUACACGGUGAUGGGUGUAGCUUUGGGGGCUGAUUUGGCCAUGCACAGAGAGGGAUGUAAUUUUGGCAAGUGUAUGCUUUCUGAAAAGGGAUGGUGAGGGGUGUAGAGCAGCGGAACAACAGCAAAACAGCUUGGAAGUCUUAGGUUCCUGUUGGUUUUCUGACAUCAUCUGUUCAGGCAGGUGACUGGAUAUUUCCCAGCUUUAGCGAAUGCUGCACACACCUUGGAUACUCUUCAGUAGUUGCAAACAAGGCUGACACAAGCCAAUUUUGUGUUCAAACCCAGAAUGCUUCAGAAUGUGAAAUGAUCAAAGGCCAAUAUUUUUCUACAUUGAAAAAGUAUAUAUUUACCAUCACAGCAAAGUGAUAAGUUAUUGCAGUUUCUCUAACCAGUAAUUUGAAAUCAUAAAUUAGUUAAAUCCCCUCUUUCUGCAGAUUAAAAGCUGCAGUGAGGGCAACAUAGUUAUGUAUUGAUGCUGAUUUUAAAUUUUUUUGAAAAUUAUGAUUGUUUAAGUAUUUCUGCAGGCCAAGGGAAAUUAUUCAGAAUCUUGUGGUGUGAUUCCAGCUGAUAUUGUGAUUGGACAACUCAGAUCCCAAGUCGAAAUCUGGCUUUUUUAAAUGAGGUGGUCUUUCACUGAAACGCAAACAUGCAGUGCUGCAGAUUUCGUUUUAAUAACACAAGUUUUUCUUUUGGAAAUGAGAAGAUGAAGGAAACAAUAGAAUAACCAAAGUAUUUGCAUACAGCACAAGUUUACAAGGUUGAAAAUUCAGUAAAAUGUAAUGUCAUUAGUUCCAAUAGCAUUCCUUUAUUGCACUCAUAGUAGAGAGAAGCCAUUUCUCUAUCUCCUGUCAAGGACUUAGAUUAACUUUAGGUUAGCUUUCAAUUCCCAGUCCCCAGGAUCUAAGAACUCUUAAGUUUUCAGUCAACUGGUAUUAAGAGUUUUUCAGUUUCAAAGUUUUAACCAAACAUUUCUGGUCUGGACUUUCCAAACCAACUCCUCCUUUUGCUGAUAAUGGGAACUGCAGAUGCUGGAGAAUCCAGGAUAACAAGGUGUGGAGCUGGAUGAAUACAGCAGGCCGAGCAGCAUCUCAGGAGCACAAAAGCUGAUGUUUCUGGCCUAGACCCUUCAUCAGAGAGGCGGAUGUGAAGAGGGUUCUGAAAUAAAUA